CUGUCAUUAACAGCAGCUCGGUGUCACGCUGGUGUGUGUGUGAGAAACGCAGGACAGGGUUCAGGGAUCUUAUCCAGAACAACACAGUGCUGAGGCUUCCUCGGGAUUCUGGCUCUUUUACGCAGUUUUACGCACAAAGUUCUUUGUUCCGCCGGUUCAGUGUCCGCAGCAGGGGGGUAACAUGGAGCUCUCUGCUCUCCUGAGUGUGUGUGUGCUGUGGAGGAUCUGCUGGGCUUCUCAAACUCACAACCACAAGCUCACACACCAUCAGGACACAAACUACGUCAUCGACAUUCUGGAAAUUCUGAGCAGCAAACACACUCGAGGAAUCACCAAAGUCAAAGGUCAUGAGCCCCACACUGCUGCUUGGCGUUUUCGUCAUCGCACACCACACCUGACCCUGCCGCCGGAUGUUUACCGCCGCUUGGUGAGGGUGUGGCGUGGCUCGUUGAGCUUGUACCUGGUUGGUCAGCAGACUGGAGGUCCUGCAGUCACUCUACUGUCUCUGAGCUCUCCGGGGAACAUGCCGCUCUUACGCAUCAUCUCCAACACCCAGGAGGAUUUCCUCCUGCUGGAGAUCCACACGAAGCUCAACACUGAACCGGAGGUGCUGAGAAUCCCCGGGGGAAAUCCCUUCUCAGGUGGGAGGUGGGCGAGGGUGGUGCUGGGCGUGGCUCCCGGAAGGGUGUGGCUAUUCCAGGAGUGUAAAAAUGCCAUGGUAUUGCAGCUUACACACCAGGGACGACCUCUGACCAUUAACCUCCCUCCUCAUGACCUCCAGGUCACUGUAGCAAGCACAGCAGAUGAAAAAGCCAGCAAAUUUAGUGGUUACCUUCAGACUGCACAGAUCUCCACUCACCCCUAUGAGAGACGUCCUUGGCUCUGCAGCAAUGUUACGGAUUCUCUCCCACUUUCCCCCACCCCCAACAGCUCUAUGGAUUUGGAGCAGGAGCUCCAGGACCAGCCGGAGCGCCCGGUCGUCUCGGUGUUCGGCCCCCCGGCGGCUCCGCACGGCAGAGCGUCUCACGCAGAACAGAGACAGCAAGCCAGGAACCUUGAGGAGAUGGUAUUCAUGCUGAAACAACAGAAUGAGGACCUGCAGGCUCGGGUACAGUAUUUGGAGUCCUGUGAGUGUGUGAGGAGAACCUGUGCCUGGGAGAACCGUAAGAUGGAUGAGGGAUUGCACUGGAAGUCUGAUGCCCACACGGAGUGUUCCUGCACCUCUGGGAGAGUUAAGUGUGAAACUUCAAACAGAUGUGUGUAUGAUGGAGAUGUGUAUAAUGACAACGAGGUGUUUGUACUGAGAAAUAAUCCCUGUGUCACCUGCGUCUGCUCUGGUGGGAACGCAGUAUGCAGUAGUGUACCCUGUCCUACACCUGACUGCAGUUUGGUGGAGACUGUCAGCGGAGAGUGUUGUCCCAGGUGUCGAAGUUGUGUCCAUGAGGGAGUGCAGCAUGAACACGGCUCUACUUGGCAUCAUCCCCGUGACCGCAACAGCGUCUGCACAUGCUCAGAGGGACGAGUUGAAUGUUCUACAGAGAAGUGUAACACCGAGUGUAGAGACACGACACAUAGAAACAACAGUCCUUCCUGUAAUCGUUGUUCCCAGAACGGACAGAUAUUCCUAAACGGGGAUCCGGUUCCCAGUGGAGAUCGAUGUAAGCAGUGUGUGUGUGAGAAUGGAGCUAUUAAUUGUAAGCCCCUCCCCCUCCCCACCCCUCACUGUGAUCAUCCAAUCAAGAGGGACAAAGACUGCUUUCAAAAGUCUGUACAGUGUGAUUAUGAGUCAGAGGUGUAUUCUGAUGGUCAGCAAUUUACCUCUAAGCAGAAUCCCUGCUUGACCUGUCAGUGUUUAGCCGGGGAGGUUGUGUGUAAAAAUAAAGAGUCAUCGUGUCCCUCUCAGCACUGUACACACCCCACUAGACAGCAUAACACUUGCUGCUCCACGUGCGACUCUUGUGAAUUUGAGAGAAAGGUAUAUGCGAACGGUGACAUGUUUAAACCGCCGGGACACGGACCCUGCUUCGAGUGUGUGUGUGAGCGAGGUAGUGUUAGAUGCCAUCAGGAGAGAUGUCCCCCUGUUAGCUGUCCAAACCCUGUCAGAGAAUCCCAUGACUGCUGUCCUGUAUGUAAAGUGUGUGUGUUGAACGGUGUAGAGUAUAACCACGGGGCCUUUUGGGACUCUGAGGACACGCCCUGUACCAGCUGCUCCUGUGUUGAGGGGAAUGUUAAGUGUAGGGUGAAAGCGUGUCCUCCUCCGUCCUGCACUCAUCCCAACACAGAAUCGGGUGAAUGCUGUCCGUCGUGUAAUCACUGUAUCUACAACCAGCGCGUUUAUGAGAACGGACAGAGGAUCUUGGAGCCGAGCGAGCCGUGUAACAUCUGCACCUGUCAGGAUGGCUCGGUGCGCUGCAGUAGCGUGGGGUGUCCACUGGUUUCCUGUUCUAACUCUUUCACUACCCCUGGAGAGUGCUGUCCCCAGUGUCCAACCUGUCAGGUUGAUAACCACAUGUAUGUUGAUGGUGACACGUUUGUGAACCCUGAGAACCCGUGUGAGGAGUGUGUGUGUCAGGGGGGUAACACAAACUGUCAUAACAACUGCCCCAGGCCCAAAUGUCAUUAUCCCAUCACUGGGACCUGCUGCCAGAACAACUGCAACGGAUGUAGUUAUGCAGGUAAAGAUUAUCCCAACGGAAUGAAGUUUCCUCAUCCAACAGACUCGUGCAGGGAAUGUCACUGUCUCAAUGGUAAUGUGCAGUGUAUUAUGAGAAGAUGUCCCCCUGCACAGUGCAGCGAACCCACAAUAACCCAAGGACAGUGCUGUCCUCAAUGUCCAGUGCCCCCUGCUGACUGUGUUUAUGAAGCUCAAUUGUACAGACAUGCACAGCCCUUCUACCAUCCCACAGACACCUGUCGGAUCUGCUCCUGCACCAAUGGGACUGUCGGCUGUCACCAUAAGCCCUGCCCCUCUGCCCCCUGCACCCACCCUCUUCAGCAGGAGUGCUGUCGCACGUGUGAUGGAUGUUUGUAUAACGGUGUGGAACAUGUUAAUGGACAGAGGUUUGCGGACGUAACGGACCCGUGUGGGACGUGUGUGUGUCGUGAAGGCUCAGUGACCUGUGAGAGAAGACGCUGUCCCCAAAUCACAUGUCAGUUUCCUGUUCAGAGAGAGUGCUGUCAGAGCUGCGACGGUUGUCAUUAUUCAGGUGUAGAUUAUUUAAGUGGUCAGGAGUUCCUGGACCCUUCAGAUCACUGUAAACACUGUACGUGUAUAAAUGGUGAUGUGACCUGCAGACAGAAACCCUGCUUCAGCCCCGGCUGCUCUCACCCUGCUCCGGCUCCUGGACACUGCUGCCCCGUGUGUGACGCUUGUUCUUAUGAUGGAAAGAUUCUCUUAAAUGGAGAGUCGCUACCAGACAGAACGGACCCGUGUUCAGAGUGCACAUGCAUGAGAGGCUCGGUGCAGUGUAGGAGGAGACUGUGUGCUGCUGCUCCUUGUCCUCAUCCUACCACUGGAGCCUGUGCUUGUCCUGUUUGUGAAGGUUGUUCCUACCAAGGAAAUGUUUAUGAAGAUGGACAUGUUUUUGCAGCACCUAAUGCAGUGUGUGAGGAGUGCACAUGUUCUAGAGGUGAGGUGAGAUGUAAUCCUAAGUCCUGCAGCACUGUGUCGUGUCCUCACCCAGCGGUGGACGCUUGUGGAUGUGCCAAUUGUAACCGCUGCAGGUUUCAAGGGCGAGAGUGUGUGAACGAAGAACACUUCCCUCAUCCUCAAGACAACUGCCAGAGAUGCACCUGCCAGAAUGGUGAGGUGUCUUGUAUAUCUGCGCCGUGUCCAGCCGUGUCGUGCAGCAGGCCUGUGAUACCUCAGGGGUCGUGUUGCCCCGUGUGUACAGGUGUGUGUGAACACAUGGGGCAGGAGUACGACAGUGGCUCCACCUUCACCCCUCCGACUGACCCCUGUUUAAUCUGCACCUGUCUGAAUGAAGUUGUGUCGUGUCAGAGGAAGCCGUGUCGUCAGCAGUGCACACACCCUGUUCGCUACUUAGACUGCUGCCCGAUGUGCGACGCGUGUUUAUAUGAAGACGUGCGUUACACACACACACAGAUAUUCACUCCACCAUCUAAUCCAUGUCUGCACUGCACGUGUGUGAGUGGAAGUGUCACGUGCACACAGGUCACCUGUCCUGUAGUCACGUGUCACAAUCCAAUCACUCCUCCAGGACAAUGCUGCCCCCAGUGCAGAGUGUGUGUGAAGAACGGUGUUGAGUACAGAGAGGGGGAGAGGUUUCGUCUUCACGGUAACCAAUGUUCUCAGUGCAUCUGCGAGGACGGCAGGGCGAUAUGUGCUGCAUCUCAAUGUACACAGUUAAAGUGCAUGCACCAGGUUACAGAUCCAGGCUCCUGCUGCCCAAGAUGCCGAGGGUGUGUGUAUGACAGUGUUGAACACCCUGAAGGCAGCACCUGGUUCGCCUCCAGCGGUCCCUGUAUGUCCUGCAUGUGUGUGGACGGAGUGACAACAUGCUCAGAGAUCCAGUGUCUCUCUCCCUGCAUCAACCAGAUCAGUGUUCCUGGGGAGUGUUGUCCUCUGUGUGCAGACUGCAUCUUUGAAGGUCGUGUUUAUGGACCAGGCGAGAACUUCCAUCCAUCAGAUGAUCCUUGUCAGAUCUGCACUUGUGAGGUGAUGCCAGAUGGACAGCAGCACCUGCGCUGUUACAGGAAGCAGUGUCCCAGUCUUGUGGACUGCCCCAAAAACAACAUUAUGUUCAGCGAUCAUGACUCCUGCUGUCCAGUGUGUGCUCAGCCUCUCAGCAUCUGCACAGAAUCACUGAUAGGAAAUGAAGUUCUCGCUACAGACGACCCCUGUUUCACCUGCCAGUGCAAAGAUCUAACAUGGACAUGCAUCCAUAAGUCCUGUCCUUCUCUCAGCUGUCCACCAGAUGAACAGUACACACCCCCCGACUCCUGCUGUCCUGUCUGUGAUGUGUGUGUGGUGGAGGGAGGGAGACGUCGUGUGAACAAUGGAGAGAGCUGGACUGAUAGUGGAGAUGAGUGUAUCAGCUGCUCCUGCAAACUGGGACUUAUAGAAUGUACUAUAGAGGAAUGUGCACCUCUUGUGUGUGGAGUCGGACUGCUGAAGGUCAAAAGGCCCGGAAAGUGCUGUUAUGAAUGUCAAGCAGACAUCACGGCUCAGUGUGUGUAUGAGGGAAAGGUGUAUGAUUCUAAUGAACAGUGGGAUGUGAAUGAAUGCACUUCCUGCACGUGUGUGUCCGGAGACGCCCACUGCCAAACCCAGAGAUGUCCAGCUGUGUCCUGUGCUUCUGAUGAAACUCCGUCUGUGAUUCCCGGGAUGUGUUGUCCACACUGUAUCCCACGUCCUGCCACCUGCAUCGUGUUUGGAGAUCCUCACUAUCGCACGUUCGAUGGAAAGAUGGUGAACUUCCAGGGGACGUGUACCUAUGUUUUAGCACAGGAUUGUAAGGACGGAGACUUUAGUGUUCACGUGACGAACGAUGAUCGUGGCCGUAAGGGCGUGUCCUGGACUAAAGAGGUGACGGUGUAUGUGAGGGACAUUGUGAUCCAUCUGCUGCAGGACUGGGUGGUGAAGGUUGAUCAUCAAACUGUUACGCUGCCAUUUCUUAAAGAAUCAUAUAUUUACCUGGAGCGCAAAUCCAACACCAUCCUCCUCAACACCAAUGUUGGCCUGAAGGUGUUGUGGAACGGACGUUCUCACCUGGAGGUCAGUGUUCCAGGCACGUAUAAGGGGAAAAUGUGUGGUCUGUGUGGAAACUUCAACAACUUUCCUCAGGACGACAUGCAGCUGCGUAACAAACAGAUCGCCAGCUCAGAGGCGACGUUUGGAAACAACUGGAAGGUGGGCGGCGGCAAGAACGCGAGUGCUCAGUGCUCAGACGCGAAGAACAUCGACCCGUGUAAAGAGGCUGGAUAUUCCUUUAGGAAGACGGCAAACAGUCGCUGUGCGGUCCUAAAGUCUGCCGUGUUUGAGCGCUGUCACAGGGUGGUGCCUCCGGAGAUGUUCUUCGCCUCGUGUGUGUAUGACCUGUGUGCCUGCGCAGCCAAUGCAGACGAGUGUUUGUGUGAUGCUCUGGAGGCGUACGCUUCUGAGUGCCGUGAGGCCGGAGUCGUCUUACAGUGGAGAUCAGCUUCCCUCUGUGCUGUGGGCUGUCCUUUGGAUCGUGGUUAUGUUUUUGAUGAAUGCGGUCCUCCGUGUCCUAAAACCUGCUUCAACAAGGACGUGCCGCUGGGCGUGAUCGAGGCUCACUGCUUUAAACCGUGUGUUCCAGGCUGCCAGUGUCCCGCCGGACUGGUGGAACACGAAUCCCACUGCAUCUCCCCGGAAAAAUGUCCCAAAGUCAUUCAUGGAAGCUCCUGAUCACUUCAGAGCUCCUGUAGGUCAGACACUGCUGCUUUGCUGUCGUUUACUCGACAUGAUGCUCAACAUAGGAACUUAAAGAGGCGGUGUGUAAGAUUUAGAGUCGCCUCCUUCCCCCACAUCAACUCCACUCUGUCUAAAUGAUGUACACAGUGAAUGUUGUUAUCCACAGAAACGCUGUGACGCUCUGAUUGAUUGAUUAUUACAGAUGUAGAGACACGUCAGUGUUACAUACUGCACCUUUAAAUUCAGUCCUGUGUAAAGAGAUUAAUCUGAAUGAAACAAUGCAAACCAAGAAAGUGUCAUUUACAAACCAGUGCUAAUUUUGUGUUUAAAUAAAAAAAAUCCACCUGAAAAUAUCAAAAUAGCUCAAAUAAUAAUAAUAAUAAUAAUAAUAAUAAUAAUAAUAAACAAACAAACUAAUAAAUAAAUAAAUAGCUUAACCUUAAAUGUAAGAGUCAGAUUUUUCACAACUAAGAUUUAUCUUUUAUUUUAAGGUUUGCUUUAUGUGCUUUAUUUUAAAGCAUGUGCAAGAAAAGAAUGUGUUUAGAAGAAAGAAUUUAAAGCAAAGAAUGUGCUUUAUUUUAAAGCACAUUAUAAACACAAUUCAGCAUGAAUUCUUGUGUUUUUUCACACACACACUCACACACACACACACUCGCUCACACACCACACACGCUCACACACACAGACACACACACACGCUCACACACACAUACACACACACACACACACAGACACACACACGCUCACACACACAAGCACAGACACACACAGACACACACAAACACACACACACAAACACACAUCCUCACACACACACACAGACACACACACGCUCACACACAAGCACAGACACACACACAGACACACACAAACACACAUCCUCACACACACAGACACACACAGACACACAUACACACAGAGUGAACUUACUAAUGAUCAGGUGACAUUUUAAGGUAUAAGCUUAAUGUGUUAUAAGUUAAAUUCAGCACAAUGCUGAUUUACACUCAGGCUACAAUCAGAUACUAUUACUUUAAUAAUUUUUUUUUAUUCAAAACUUUUACUUAUUUACAUUUAUAUAAACAUAUUUUAUUACUUACAUUUAGUUUUUAUUACAUUUUUAGGGUCUGGGUUAAAAAAUUAUUUCAAUAUUUUUUCCUUUGUUCAUUUUCAUUUUUUAUUAAUUAAAUUUAAAAUAUCUGAUCGAUCUCACAUCACUGUGUGAAAGUUCUGUUUGUUUCAUUUCAUAUUCAGCCAUUAAAGUAUUACACGGAAGGUAUAGUACUGUAAUCUCCACCCACAGCCCCGCCCACAGCCCCGCCCACAAUCCUAACCUUCAGUUUUUUAUAAACGAUCAUCAUUACAUAUCAUUUAAGACAAAAUAUUAUUAAAAUACUCUCAAACCUUCACCUCUAAUUUUUUAGCACAAUUUUUAUCAGUGAAUUUUAGUGACACCAUUUUUCUGUCUCAGACUUUCUGUCUCUCACAAACCACUCGUUUAUUUGUGUUAUUAAUGCUAUAAAAUAGCAGGAUGUUAAGAACCACUGUUUUUAUCUGUAUGUUAUUCAUUUUAUUUUUAAUUAUAAAUCUUUUCAGUCCUCAGACUUUUUCAGGGACUUUCACUGUUUAUCUGAAUAAAAUGUGCAGGUGCUAAUUUUGUAGAAGAAAAUAAUAAAAAUUAACAUUACUGA